GUCUUGCCGGGAGUCUUGCAAAGCGUGAGAGGGAGAAAACACGAGUGGGCUUGUUGCGCUCGAAGCGGAACACUUCCAUCCCCGGAGGAGAGCGGCGCACAAGAGCAAACUCUCUCUCUUACACUCUGCGUCUCUCUUUUUCCGACCUGUCUCUCUCCAUUCAUCUAUGUCUCUCACUCUCUCCAGAUCACACACACUUUCUUGGAGCACCGUGUCUCUCUCCCAUCUACGCAGACACACACACACACACACAGCGACACGCGGACCUUGUUUUUCGCGUCUUCUUCGACUGAGAAACAAGCUGCUGCUCUCCUUCAUCUGCCCCUGUGUGAGUGUGUGAAGACCCUUGGUCAUGUUAUUUUAAAUCUUCUGCGUGAUGCCUGAUCAUGACAGCGUCGCCGUUGUAACAAGACAGACAAAGCGCCGACGUGUUGACAUCGGGGUAAAGAGGACUGUAGGUAUAUUCACUCGUGCCAGGGAGAACCUACUGGGCAGCAUGAACCAGUCACAUGGCCUCGAUCAGGAUGGAGACUGCUCCGGUGACACACAGAAGUCAAAUGUUCUGAGGAAGUUGCUGAAGAGGGCAAACUCCUAUGAAGAUACGCUGAUGCCUUUUGCUGGAGCCACCAUUAUCUCUCAGCUUCUGAAGAAUAACAUGGGCAAGAAUGGAGGCAGUGAUUCUGGCUUCCAGGGCAAUGGGGCUUUGUCCAGUGGGGGCUCAGAGAUCCAGGCUGAGGACGCCUGUAGCAACUCUUCUUCACGAGACGGCGACAGCCCCUCUGACUGCUCUCCCGGCCAUCCUCAUCCUCCUUCUUCUUCCUCCUCUUUUGGACGGCCGCUACCUUCCGCAAUUCUAAGCUCUCAUGCUCCGUCGCAGCCCCUCGCCCUCUCCUCCUUUGACUUAGAUCGGCUUUCAGAUGAACAUCUCCGUGCCAAGCGAGCUCGAGUGGAGAACAUAAUUCGUGGCAUGAGCCACUCACCACUGGUCCGCCCCAAUGCUGAAGACCAUGUAUCAGAAAGCCACUGCGACAACGCCAACAAUAGCAACAACAGCAGCAUUGACCACAGAGGUGACGGGAACAGCAGUUGCAACCACAGCCGGAGUGACCGUCCUUCCUCCCUGUUGAGCCCUCCCAGGUCUAGGGGUGGUACGGUCACUGCCGUUGAGGUUUAUCGGGAAAACAAACGGAAGCAGCGGCUGCCACAGCAGCAGCAUAGCUUCACACAGCUGGUGUGUUCCAGGCAGGAGCAGCGGCAGGAGGAGCGUCGGCAGUUGAGGCUGCAGCUGGAAGACAUGCAGAAACAAUUACGGCAACUUCAGGAAAAGUUCUACCAGAUCUACGACUCUGAGACAGAAGAAGAGGAGGAGAACGUGGAGAAUAACAGAGGAGAUAGAGGAGGUGAAAGGGAUGAGGAUGGGAACAUGUCAGAGGACAGUAUUCGCUCUGAUGGCCUGGAGGAGCGGCACCGGGACCAGAGGAUGCCGAGUCAGGAGGACCUGUCUGAUCUCGAUCCAGGUUUGUUUUUAGACCGGGCCAGAGCACUGCUCCGAGAACAGAACUUGAUGGAUGGCGAGAUGGAGGAGGAAGUGGAGGGUCGAGAUGAAGAGGAAAGAAUUGGAGUCAGAGUGAUAAGAAGGAGGGAGUCUACAGGGGGAGGCCAACAGCUGGCUGAGACUCUGAAACAGGAGCUGAACUGUGCCGUGUCACAGGUCGUCGACACAGUGGUAAAGGGUUUCUCUUCACCCAAACAGGCCAUUAGCAACCAUCAUGGCUGCCUUAGUAGUACACCUGCAGCCCCAUCCUCCUCAUCAAACUCCUCUUCAUGUCCGCCACCCUUCACCCCUCUGCCCUCCCUCACCCCGGACUCACGAUUCCAUGCUGGUGCUCUGGGCAUCAGUCUGAAUGGGGACGGAAGCCCCCAUCCAAAUUACCACCCAUCAACUCAAAGGCUGCACUGCUUUGGUGACGUUAUUGUCCCCAGCCCUCUGGACUCCUUCAACAAUUUGAGUGGCAGACUUAGUGGUGUGCGUACACCCAAUGAUCAGACCGAGGCACUGCCACUGGUUGUGCGCAAAAGCAGCGGAGGAGAGAGCAACUCUUCUCUCCCACCACCUCCCUCACCUCACCACCCCUCACUCCACCCUUCACCUCUGACAGCCUCACUUGGAUUCAGCCCUCCAUCCUUUCGCCACCCUUUCCCACUUCCUCUGAUGGGCUACCCCUUCCACAACCCCCUUGGUUCACACAGUGGCGGUUACCCUCCAGCUCCGAAAGACCACCACCGAUCCUCACCCGACUCUUUAAACAUGACUCGGGAAAACGUCAGCCUCAGAACCAAAAUGGCUUCCCUGGGAGGAGGUCAUCUCAGUCACCACCAUCACAGACAAAGCUCCCCGAGCCAUCAUGAGAACCUUUCGCUGUCCAUCAUCAAGUCAGAGUGUGGCGACCUCCAAGACAUGGCUGAUAUAUCGCCAUACUCCAGCAGCACGAUUCAGGAAGGUUUGUCUCCCAACCAUUUGAAAAAGGCCAAGCUGAUGUUCUUUUACACCCGCUACCCGUCAUCCAACAUGCUGAAGAUGUUCUUCUCGGACGUCAAGUUCAACCGCUGCAUCACCUCCCAGCUGAUCAAGUGGUUCAGCAACUUCCGGGAGUUCUAUUACAUCCAGAUGGAAAAGUUUGCUCGCCAGGCUAUCAAUGAGGGUGUGACCAGUGCUGAGGAGCUGACAGUGGGGCGUGAAGCCGAGCUUUUCCGGGCGCUCAACAUGCACUACAACAAGGCUAAUGACUUUGAGGUCCCGGAUCGCUUCCUGGAGGUGGCUCAGGUGACACUUAGAGAGUUUUUCAACGCCAUUGUGGCUGGCAAGGACGCUGACCCAUCAUGGAAGAAAGCCAUCUACAAAGUGAUUUGCAAACUGGACAGUGAGGUUCCUGAAGUUUUUAAAUCCCCAAAUUGUCUACAAGAACUCCUUCACGACUGACUAGAACAAGGGAGGAACCCAGGAAAACACGGGAGAGCGCAGAGGAGCAUAAGAAGCUUGUAAAAUCUUUCAAAAAGGUUUGGGGACGACAACAUUUGCGAUCAUCUUGAAAGGAGGAAGACACACUUAAAUGAAGGACAAACAGCUGAAAAUGCGAGAUCUGUGGUGAAAAACAAGGAAAAUGCAGCUACUUUAAGACUCCCUGAACCCCUUGUUUCACCGUGACCUUGACUUAUUGAGGGCGGGGGGGAUUCAGAAGAAGUGACCUAAAAAUAAAGAAGAUAAUAUAUGAAAAAUAAUCUUUUUAUUGUGGAUGUCUUUGGGUUUCAUGGACAUUUUUCAUGAUAAAAAAAUGUUGUUUUCCUUCUUGGUAAAAGAUAACCUUCUCUUCUAUGAACCGACAAACGCAGUAGACACACACACACACACAUGUACUGCAUAGAGAAGAAUAGUAGCAUUCCCAAUUCUCAACCAAGGCAGUUGAUGUUUCCUUUCCUUAUUCUUUCUACAUUCUCUUCUUACUGUAAUUAGAUUUACUCGAUGUUUGUUUUUGACUGUGUGGAUCUCCUGAACACCCUCCCUGACCUCCCUCUGGGAUGGACGAUGUCUGGUGCCCACGGAGUCAAAGAUGAGACACUUUUUGUACGGGAAGUUGACCCAUUGCUACAUCAUUCAUUGAAAAUAAAUUGUGACAUUUCAUUUGUGUUUGAAAUAUAAACAAGUUAUAUCCAGAGGAUCAGUUAUUCAAAUUUACUUCUAGCAAUGUGGUGUCAGACAAUAAAACAUUUUUGAGACUGUCUCUUUGAUCUGGGUCUCCAUGAACGUCAUCUGUGCCGGUCAGUUCAUGUGUGAAGUUCUUUCCUAUGCCGCAGCAGACUUAAAACAAAAAAAAAAAGAAAACAAUGAAAAUGCUGUGAUUUGUAGCUUGUAUAGGCGUAAUUAUGACUCUGACAUUCUUUUAUUUAUAACUGACAGAAACAACUCACAUUUACUGAUGACUAAUGCCUGCUACAUGUUUGACCAGUGGUUUGAUUCCUUGUCCAUC